AUGUCACCGCCCGCAAUCAUCGCGCCGUCCAUUCUGUCCGCAGACUUUGGAGCGCUAGGCAAGGCUUGCUCUGACACCAUCGGGCAAGGCGCGGACUGGCUUCAUGUCGAUAUUAUGGACGGCCAUUUUGUGCCCAACAUGACGUUCGGCGCUCCUGUGGUCACCAAGAUUCGGCCCCAUGUAGAUCGCCCAGCCAAUGCACAUGGCAAAGGAACCUUUGACUGCCACAUGAUGAUUGCAGAACCAAAGAAGUGGGUCCGAGACUUCAAGAAAGCUGGAUGCGAUCUUUACUGCUUCCACUACGAGGCUGCUAUUUCAUCGACUGCUGCCGAAUCUCCCGAGGGCAAGUCGGAUAAGAAGACGUCUCCCAAGGAGCUGAUCAAGUACAUUCACGCCGAAGGCAUGCAAGCUGGUAUCGCGAUCAAGCCGAGCACACCAGUCGAUGUGCUCUGGGACAUAUUGGACAAUCCCGCCAAGGACGAAGUGCCUGAUAUGGUCCUCGUUAUGACAGUCGAGCCUGGCUUCGGUGGCCAGUCUUUCAUGGCUUCAGAGCUGCCCAAGGUUUCGGCGCUACGAAAGAAGUACCCUGAGAUGCACAUCGAGGUCGACGGCGGCUUAUCGGAGAAGACAAUCGACCAAGCUGCUGAUGCAGGCGCCAAUGUCAUCGUUGCAGGAAGCGCAGUAUUUGGAGCAUCGGACCCGGGCGAGGUCAUCAAGAAACUCAGGGAAGCUGUCGAGAGUAGAAGAGGAAAGCUAUAAAAGUGUUGCAGGUGAGAUGGCGCACUGUCACGAUGCAACGAUAACGACCGCACCCAGCUGCGCAUAUACCGGCUUACAAGAUAAACGUAGAUGACCAACGCGAGGAAAAUAGAUCGUGAACAUUAUG